GGUGCUGUCUUCCAAUGCAAUCCCUAACUUAUGGGAAUAUAUAAUAGCACUACUUUUGUCUUGCCCUCCUCAUCAAACUUCACAGACUUUUCCCCCAUCCAAAUGCUCAAUUUUCUCACAAAUAUUUCCCUUCAUUUGAACUAAACUGUCUACUCCUCAUGAGGGUGUCUGCUCUAAGAGAGUACACUCAAAACGGCCAUCUUGUUACUACAACAAGCUGUUGCCACGGUGACUGCUCAGCGGACAUUGUGUCACAGUCAAAUAUUAGCUAGAUGAAGUGUGCAAGCCGGACACUUGAGCAGCUGGUAAUCUGUUGUUAGAGGACUCCCUCAUGCUCCGACCAGUUGAGCACUGACUUAGUUCACGUAUUCCUUCUGAGAAGACAGAUAUCAUUGCAGUUGUGGGUAUAUUGGAAAGAAGUCACUUGCUUCAAAUUGAAAGAUGAAGAUUCACAUCAUAUUGAGUGCAUGCAUGCUGGCAGUCAGCAUUAGUUUGAUUGAGGCUAAGAAGUACUGUAAAGCGAAUGCAGAUUGCACGACUUCUGCACAAAUUGGAAACACAAACAACGUGAAAUGCAUUAAAAGCGCCUGUGACUGGGGCGUGUGCGGCUGUUCGCAUGGGUUUGUGCUGCGUUAUCUGGGAUCCGAAAAACUCAUGCAGUGUGUGCCAUUGAGAAAAAUUGACGAAUCCUGCUCCUACAAUGACGCUACAGGCGUUUGCGGCGCCAAGAACUCUGAGUGCAGUAAUGGCGUCUGCAAAUGCACUGGCAGCAACCACAAAAUGUGGGGUGGUGAGCACUGCGGGACAGGCCUCAUGCCAUCGGAGGGCCUCACGGCUGGUGACACCUGCGACUCAGGUUCAGCUUCCAACUCAGUCAGUGGGCAUAAUGUUUUAACAGGAGUUCCACACCAAUGCAUGUGUUCCUCAGCCUCUCAGACUUACCUCUACGGUGUGAUGGCCAACACGUACAACUACUUCCUGGGAAGAAAAUUCCCCUAUUGUUUAUCAGCUAAAAUUGGAGAUAUGUGCAUCACAGACUCAGACUGUGGAACUAACAUGAAGUGCACAAAUGAUGCAUGUCAGUGCGAUAGUACCAACGGUUACGAUUACCACAAUUAUGCAAAGACCCAAUGCUUCACUGCAGCCCAAACUGAAACCACCUUGGGUCAGUCAUGUACAGGCAAAAACUGCGAUGGGUCUGCCGGACUGGUAUGCGGCGAUUACUGCGAGACCAACUCCAGUGCCACUGCCGCCACGACCUGUCAAUGUGGAGUGGGCCACACACAGUCUGGUAGCUCUUGCAAUGCACGCGGUGUUGGUUCAACCUGCUACGGAGAUGCAAACUGUCAAAUGAUUGGUCCGAAUGCACGUUGCGUAGAUGGUGCAUGCGCCAAUGCUGUCUCUGCUAUUGCUGCUGGGGUGAUGUCCCUCCUCCUCCCAAUUGUGCUAGCUGUCACAACCAAGUACAACUAACACAUUCAGGCUAAACCUUCAACUGUACAUACUGAGAAAGUGAGCUUUCUCUAAACAAAGAAGUCUUCGUGCCUUGCUCUCUUAGGCAUUUGUGUUGUAUCAGACUAACAGCUUUAAGGUAUUCUAUACAUAUCUGAAAUGACCCAAAUUCAUAUUUUUAUUUUUUUUUAUAAAUGUACAAAUUAAGCUACCUCUCCCACAUCAUUCAGACCUUAAAAAUGAUAAAACUCAAAUAAAAUUACAAAGUGUUGAUAUUUACUGUACUUCUGAAAUGUCAAGAAGACAUGGCAGUCUAAAUCAUGAAUCAUGAUUCCUUUAGAACUUAGUUAUUCAAUUAGUAAGGGUACAAAUAAUUGGAUCUCAGUGCAGAAAUGGACUGCAGAAUGGUUUUUUGUGAGGAGAAAAA